GUGAAGCAGGGACCUGGGUGUAUUGUCUGUGUUUACCUCAGUAGAGUGGUUCGAGGCCUUUCAGAGCUUCCCCGGGGCAGUCGGCCGAAACCCUUAGUGACCGCCCUCUCCCCUCCCCUCUGUCCCCGGGAUCGGGAGGGACGGAGCUCGCGUCACGCCCCUCAGCGCUCGUCGUCCCCUUCUCUGUCGCUGCGUCUGCAUUGUGUUCCCGGAAUCAGACGGUGCCCCAUAGAUGGCCAGCUUUCCUCCGAGGGUCAACGAGAAAGAGAUCGUGAGAUCACGUACUAUAGGUGAACUUUUAGCUCCAGCAGCUCCUUUUGACAAGAAAUUUGGUCGUGAAAAUUGGACUGUUGCUUUUGCUCCAGAUGGUUCCUACUUUGCUUGGUCCCAAGGAUAUCGAACAGUGAAACUUGUUCCGUGGUCUCAGUGCCAUAAGAACUUUCUCUUACAUGGCACCAAGAAUGUCACCAAUUCGAGCAGUUUAAAAUUGUCAAGACAAAAUAGUGAUGGUGGCCAGAAAAACAAGCCUCGUGAACAUAUUAUAGACUGUGGAGAUAUAGUUUGGAGCCUGGCAUUUGGGUCUUCAGUUCCAGAAAAACAGAGUCGCUGUGUAAACAUAGAAUGGCAUCGAUUCAAAUUUGGACAAGACCAGCUACUCCUUGCCACUGGUUUAAACAGUGGUCAAAUCAAAAUAUGGGAUGUAUAUACAGGAAAACUCCUCCUUAAUUUGGUAGAUCAUACCGAAGUAGUCAGAGAUUUAACUUUUGCUCCAGAUGGGAGCUUGAUCCUGGUGUCUGCUUCAAGAGACAAAACUUUGAGAGUUUGGGACCUAAAAGAUGAUGGAAACAUGAUGAAAGUAUUGAGGGGACAUCAGAACUGGGUUUACAACUGUGCAUUCUCUCCUGACUCUUCUAUGCUGUGUUCGGUUGGAGCCAGUAAAGCAGUUUUACUUUGGGAUAUGGACAAAUAUACCAUGAUUCGGAAACUAGAAGGACAUCACCAUGAUGUUGUAGCUUGUGACUUUUCUCCUGAUGGAGCAUUACUGGCUACUGCAUCUUAUGAUACGCGUGUAUAUAUCUGGGAUCCACAUACAGGAAAUAUUCUGCUGGAAUUUGGGCAUCUGUUUCCCCCACCUACUCCAAUAUUUGCCGGAGGAGCGAAUGAUCGAUGGGUACGCUCUGUAUCUUUUAGUCAUGACGGACUGCAUAUUGCAAGCCUUGCUGAUGACAAACUGGUGAGGUUCUGGAGAAUUGAUGAGGACUAUCCAGUACAAAUUGGAUCUCUGAGCAAUGGUCUUUGCUGUGCUUUUUCUACUGAUGGCAGUGUUUUAGCUGCUGGGACACAGGAUGGAAGUGUGUAUUUUUGGGCCACUCCAAGGCAUGUUCCUAGCCUUCAACAUUUAUGUCGUAUGGUGAUCCGGAGAGUAAUGCCCACCCAAGAAGUUCAGAAGUUGCCGAUUCCUUCCAAAGUUCGGGAGUUUCUCUCCUAUUGUGAUUAGAAGACUUUGCCUUUUCUAUUGGGAGGAACAAACAAAAUACACUUUACACAAACCUCAAGCUUUACUGGCUUCAAGUAUCUGUUUUUUAAAUGCCUGAGUCAUUAUUUGAUGUUUGUGUACUGCAUUAUUUUAUUUAUAGACCACAGGAGAAAGAUUUCUGAGAAGAUCAAAUUGUAUAAUUUUUUUUUUAAAGUAACUGUGAAAACAUGUAUAUAUUCAGGUAUAAGCUGCUAUGUGUUGAAUGAACUCUUGCUAUUGCUUUUUAGUGUCUGACAUGUAUAUAUUACUUUAGUAAAAUUACAAUUAUGUAUCUGCUGUGAAGUGGAAUUUUUUUAUUUUGGGAUACCAACUUGGAUGAUAAUUACAAGUAAGUUGAAUUG